AUGGCGUCAGGCGGUUUAAGCGGGAAGAGGGCAAGUGAAGGAUAUGGGAUGGGGUUGGUUAGGAAUGCAUCAUUUGGGAGGAAAAGGAUUUCUUUGUCCAAUAUUGCCAUGGAAUUUGAUGAAUGUACUCCCUCCACUCCAAAGAGACCGUGCUAUGAAUAUUCAUACUUUUGUUCUGAGAAAUCUGCACUGGAAGCUCUUCCUCAGGACAUUCUGAUUAGGAUAUUGUGUGGUGUAGAGCAUGAUGACUUGAAGAGGCUGUUUUUUGUAUCAAAAACGAUAAGAGAAGCGACUUUGAUUGCAAAACAUAUGCAUUUUACAUAUAGUACGCCGAAGAAGACGGUGGGGUUUAGGAAUCUUGAUGAUUUGAGUGAACUCGAUGAGAUAGUAGCUCCAAAUGCUCCAAGGCAAUCACGGGUUCCACAUUCACGAUUAAAUACGAAAAAGCUGGACGAUGUGUCGGUAGCCUUGUUUGCUUCCGAUAACGAGGACAGUUGGCAUCGUAGAGAUUUGUUUAUGGGAAUGGAGAUUUGA